AAAAGUUGACAACACCGCAGGAAUAGUAACAAAACAAAAGCUGAAAAAUUUUUGCAUUAUUAAACAUUUUAAUCAAAUAAAUUUAAAAAAAAUUAAUAUAGAAUUUUAUAGCAAAAUUUUUUAAAAGAAGUUAAAAAAUAACUAAAUUUCUAAUGGAGCAAAUGGAUGUAGAUUUGGAUAUGAAGGCUGGAUCAUCAAGUGAACUCAAUGCUGGUGAAGGUGCUACAAAAUCUAAAGUAAGCGCAGGAACCGGGCUUGCUGCAACAAAUGUAAUGGCCGAUGCUAGUACAGUGCCUUCGGUAACAAUUUCUCUACAUCCAUUGGUAAUCAUGAAUAUAUCCGAACAUUGGACACGUAUACGUGCUCAAGCGGGUGAGACUUGCCAGGUGUAUGGAGCUUUGAUUGGUAAACAAAAGGGACGCAAUAUAGAAGUGAUGAAUUCAUUCGAAUUAAAAACUGAUAUAGUAGGCGACGAUGUAUUUAUUAAUCGCGAUUAUUAUAUGACCAAAGAACAUCAGUACAAGCAGGUAUUCAGUGAAUUGGACUUUAUUGGCUGGUAUACCACCGGUGAGUUACCUACCGAAAAAGACUUGGCCAUACACAAACAAAUAGCAGAAAUCAACGAAUGUCCCAUCAUGUUGCAAUUGAAUCCUUUGUCACGCAGUGUUGAUCAACUUCCCUUGAAGCUUUACGAAUCUGUUAUUGAUAUUGUACGCAGUGAAGCUACUAUGCUUUUUGUACCUCUCACCUAUACUUUGGCAACAGAGGAGGCUGAACGCAUUGGUGUUGAUCAUGUUGCCCGCAUGUCGACGAAUGAUACCGGUGAAAAAUCCUAUGUUGCAGAACAUUUAGUUGCCCAGGAGAGUGCUAUUAAAAUGUUAAAUACACGCAUUAAAAUUGUUUUGAAAUAUAUUAAAGAGGUGGAAGCUGGUAAAUUGGCUGCCAAUCAAGAAAUUUUACGAGAAAUUUAUGCAUUAAGUCAUCGGUUGCCCGUGAUGCAAGGUGGUGCUUUUCAGGAAGAGUUCUAUACACAAUGUAAUGAUGUUGGUUUAAUAAGUUACUUGGGUUCAAUGACAAAAGGUUGCAACGAUAUGAAUCAUUUUGUUAAUAAGUUUAACGUGCUCUAUGAUCGUCAAGGUUCGGGCAGGCGUAUGAGAGGGCUCUAUUUUUAGACUACUUAUUAAAAAAUAUGAUAUGAAAUCGGUAAAAGAUAUAAUUUGUAUACAAAUGCAAACAUUUACUAAAUAAAUUCUUUCUAAAAGAUUUAACAA